AUGCAGCUGCUGCUCCAGGCAAUCGAUGUCUUGGUGCGGCGAAACACCGACAACGUGCUGCGCUACGGCUUCAAAAAGAAAGCUCCCCGCACCACGGGGGCCUUUGUGCCUGGCCUGUGUCACUCGGACUCCUGGCACCCAAACCCGGCCACCAAGCUGCUGCAGGGCCCCGAGUGGCAGCAGCUGCUGCGGCGCGUCGGCGACACCGUCAUGCUCCACCUCCUGCUGCACUGCUCCAUCUUCCUGCCGCUCCCUAACAACAGCUUCCUGCAGGUCGCGGGGCCGCCCAUCCACGAGGUUGCGAAACAGCAAGCAAGGGGCGGUGCCCCCCCGGUGUCGGACUGGCUCGUGUCUGCUGCGCCGCGGCCGCCCCCGGGACCUCAACCUGCAGCCGCCGGCUUCGCGGCCGCUCCGGCUGGCGCCGCGCGGCCGGCUGCCGCCGAGGGCCGCGGCUCGCCGGCUGCCGCCUUCGGGGCGGGCGAAGGCAGCGGCGACGAGGUGGCGGCUGCGUCGCAGACGGCGGAGGCGGCGCAGGAGCGGCGCACGCAGCACCCGCAGCCCAGGCAGCAGCGGUGGUCGCGGCAACAGCAGCAGCAGGAGCAGCAGCAGCAGCAGCAGCAGCAGCAGCAGCAGCAGCAGCAGCAGCAGCAGCAGCAGCAGCGGCGGCAGGGCGCAGAGGGGGAGCAGGAAGACGAGCGGACGGCCGAGGCGGGGCUGACUCAAGGUGAGCAGCAGGAGCUUAAUCACGGAAAUGGGCAGCGGCGCAGCAAUGGCGGUUGCACAAACGUACCUGUCACCAGCCAGCAGCCUCGCCUCAAGAAGGGCCGGCCCCCGCCGUGGCGGCGCCGCAAGAUGGCCGCCGUGCGCGCCGCGGAGCGAGGGGCCGCGGCGCCGCCGUCGGGCGGGCAGCGCGGGCCGGAUGAGCAGCAGCAGGCACAAGAGCAGGAGGCGGGAGGGCAGCUGCAGGGGCAAGACGAGGAGAUGGAAUUGGACGCGUUUGUGGCCAACGGCGCAAUCUUGGAGGCAGCGGACAGCCUGGACGCGCCGGCCACGCAGCGUCAUGGCGCAGUGGGGGGUUGA